GAACCAAAAACUCACCCAGAAAAGGGGGAAAAAGAACUUUGUUUGGUUGUUUGUUUAUUUGAUUAAUCUGAUAAGCCGCUGAUAGAGUGAUAGCGAUGGGGAGUGAUAGCAUGACCAAAGGAAGUGCCGGCGGCGGCGGAGUACAGAUACCGGCAUCGGUGAAGAAUGUGGUGCAGAAUAUUAAAGAGAUUGUUAAUAAUAGCUGCACGGACUCGGAGAUCUACGCCGUCCUUAGAGACUGUAAUAUGGACCCUAACGAUGCCGUUCAACGCCUCCUCUCUCAAGAUACUUUUCAUGAGGUAAAAAGCAAACGGGAAAGAAGAAAAGAGAUGAAAGAGACACAAGAACUAAAAACUCGAGCUAACAGUCGUGCAUCUAAUCGUGGUGUGCGAGAUGGUAGUGAACAUUCUUUCGGACAGAGUGGAUCGACACUAAACAGCUUCAAUGAGCUUGGUAAUGCUGCAUACAAGAAAGAGAAUGGCUCAGUUGCUUAUAUGUCAUAUUCUGCUUCUUCAAAAUUACAUUCAACAGGACAAACUUUGAAUGAGCAACUUUCCCCACAAAGCAAUUCUUUUGACGCUGAUUAUAGAAGACAAUUAAUAGGAACAGGUGAUAUGAUUGAUUCAUCUAUGCAACCAUCUUAUGGAUCACAGUCUUCUUGGGUGGGGGACGCCUUAGAACAUGUUGCUAUGGCUGAUACUGUAAGAAUGGGUGGACCAAAGAGCAAAGGCUUACAAAUUCCAUGUGAGACCACUUAUUCCCCUCAAGAUGCUGUUCCACCAAACUCAACCAUCGACCAAAUGAAGCCAUCCCUUGCUACUUCAGAUUCAAAAUUAGGAACAGACCAAGAUUUGCAUUCUUCGGAUUUGAACAUGACUUCUGAAUCUGGAAAGAAAUCCAAUCAGCGUGGUUUUGACAAUGAAUGGGCUGUGAAUGGGCCAAUGAUAGGUUCUGGUGAUAUUGGUGGUACGAUGUAUUCAAAUCAAUCCUACGUACGUAUUAACAAAGCUAACUUGUCAAGUAACUGCUGGUCAGAUAGUAUUCUAGUAUCAGAGAGCAAUGUUGGCAGAAAGAAUCUUAGCCCUAAUCAUGUCAGUUCAGCGCAAGCAUCUAACAAACAAAUAAUUAGAAGUGAUUCUGGAGAAACAUCUGAAUAUGAUGACGACCUGCGUAAGGAUACAAGUUCACCUGAUUCUUAUGGGCAGAUCUAUGAAUGUCUAGAAGUAGUAGGUAGAGGCUCUAAUGCAUCUGCUCCAAACCCUUCUGCACCUUUAUCUGAUGAUGCCAUCAAAGCUGCAUUAUCAGUUGCUGUGAACUUACAACAUCUAAGCUUAGUGAAGGAAGAGGGAGCGGCGACUCCUAAAGAGAAUAACUAUGGAGUGGUGCUUCCAGAUUAUUUUCAAACCCUUUCUGCUGAUUGCUCACAUUUGAGCUUUGGUACCUACAAAUCUGGAAAGAGUACAGCAUUGCCCCAGCCACAAACAUCUAGUUCCUUGACAAAUAACUUAGAAGAGACCUUGAUGACAUCAAAUGAUUGUUCAACUUCUAUGCAUAUGAACUCUAGGAAUAUGCUAUAUCAUGAUAAAGAGCAUCUUGAAUUUGAUUUUGAGAGUAAUAGAGCUACUGGAGAUGCUAGGAACUAUACGUCGCAUAAGUUUUCACAGUCGGAGCUUAGGAAACUAGAUAUUCCUGAUGCAGCAACAGUUGGGAAUGAUUAUGUCUCCCGUGCAUCUAUACCCGGGUCAAGUUUCAAGAACGUCAAACAAUCUUCCUCGUCUUUUGUGAUUGAUCCAAAUGCUAGGAAUCUUCCUACUUUGCCGCAAUCACACUCAAACUCUAUGCCAAGCGAUAUAUUGGCAGCUGCUAUUCGGUCUACAGAAGCAAGAGAUUCUGCUGCAUUUCUUACAUCACCGUCAAUUUCAUCUAGAUACAUUGGUUCUGCAUCAUCGAUUAAGAAUCCAAUUGUAUCCAUGUCUCAGCCUUCAUCACAGGUCCUUCAUAGUGCCAACCCCGCCACGGGACCCGUACACAAGGAGCAUUUGUAUGCACAUGCUUAUGCUCAAAGUGGCUACCCCGCUGCACCUCAAGGCCAUACAUAUACACCAUCUGCUUUGCGACAAGCAUUUCCAGAUGGCAAUGUGUUCCGUGAAUCUCAUACAGAUAGAAAGUACGAUCUCCAACACUAUGGAAGUGCUAGUAUGAGCAGCAGCUUGCCUUGGUCGAGUUCUUACGCAAAUGUUUAUCGAAGUUUAGAAAAUCCUUCCAAUUCUCCCAGAAGUUCUCUUCACAAUCUAUUGGCUGGUUCGGCAGGCAGCAAACUUGCUUACGAUGAUUUUUUACGCUCUCAGUACAGCAAUGGUGGAGCUAAUUUCAACCUACCUUACCAGAAUGAUGGCUAUGGACAUGGUUCAAGAACCAUAUCAACUAUGCUGGAUAACGCUAACUACAGUUUACAUGGGCGGAAUCACCAGCUCGUGGGAUAUCAACAGGGUCAGCAAAACUCCCAGCAGCAGCUUCAUGGAGCUCUGGGAUACCCUGGUAUUUACAAUUCUCAUGCAGCAAUGGCAAUGGAACAGCAGCGGCAAUAUCUCCGGGAUAUGGUUUUAAGUGCUUCGCAAGGGCCGUUGUCUAGGCAGUUACCUGAAGCUUGGCAGCGUGACUAUUAACCUCCUUUUUUCCCCCUUCUGGUUGUGUUAGUUGCAAGCAAUGGGAUCUGCCUCCGCCUCAAUUUUAUAUAGUGCACGUAGUUUA